GGUGGGCGGAGCUGCUGUGUCCUGAAUGGGCUGCAAACAGUGGAUGCUAGAAAAGUGUGAUGAUCUUCUUAGUCCAUCGCUGCAUGGUGAAGGCAAGAGAGUAUGACUGUUUUCUCCAGAUCCUGAGCAAAACCCGUACUAAUUAUCUGCACAUCGUUAUCCGUCAGUCCAUUCUUUCUUGUCCAUCUGCGUGGGUCGUUCUCUUAUCUGGAUCUGGGCGGUGGAUAUAUGGAGAUCUUCUAGUGUGGCUGGUGUUUUGUGGACGUGGGACACACGAUGGCUGUGGCGCUGGAUGCAGUCUGGGUGCGAGUGAAAGGGGUCUGUAAGCAGAACGGCCUGCUCAUCCUCUCGGUGUUGGCCGUUGUUAUCGGAUGUCUGCUCGGCUUCUUUCUGCGCUCCAAAAACCUCUCGGAGCAGGAAGUGAAAUACUUCCAGUUUCCUGGAGAGCUGCUGAUGAGGAUGUUGAAGAUGUUGAUUUUGCCUCUGGUCGUGUCUAGUCUGAUGUCAGGUCUGGCUGCGCUGGAUGCCAAGUGCUCCAGUCGGCUGGGUCUCAUCACCGUCUCUUACUACCUGUGGACCACAUUCCUGGCCGUGGUGGUGGGAAUCGUCAUGGUGUUAAUCAUCCAUCCGGGUGGAAUGGCACAGAAAGAGGACUCCGAGGACAGCGGGAAACCCAUCAUGAGCUCCGCAGAUGCUCUCCUGGAUCUCAUACGAAACAUGUUUCCAGCCAACCUCGUUCAAGCCACAUUUCAACAGUAUCGUACCAAUAGUGUCCCCAUAAUGAAGACUCCCAAGACUACAGUGGCCACCAGUCUGACAGAAACCACCACUCGCCGCGCUCUCAUCUACGGGAUUCAGGACGAUAAUGGGACGGACAUCCAGAACUUCCAGCUGGAUCUGACGCCACCUCCUGACGUGGUAAUGCGGACGCUUCCUGGCACCAGCGAGGGCAUGAACGUCCUGGGGAUCGUCAUUUUCUCUGCCACGAUGGGCAUAAUGUUGGGCAGGAUGGGUCCUAACGGCAGCGCUCUGGUGAACUUCUGCCAAAGUCUCAAUGAAGCAGUGCUGAAAAUCGUGGCUAUUGUCAUCUGGUACUUCCCAUUUGGCAUUGUGUUUCUGGUGGCCGGUAAGAUCCUGGAGAUGAGUGACCCAUCUGCGAUGGGGAAGAAGCUGGGCUUUUACGCCAUCACUGUGGUGAUGGGCCUCAUUCUGCAUGGCCUCUUCAUCUUGCCCAGCAUGUACUUCUUCAUUACCAAGAAGAGCCCGAUCGUCUACAUUCGAGGAAUCCUGCAGGCCCUGCUCAUCUCUCUGGCCACGUCCUCCAGUUCUGCCACUCUGCCUAUCACCUUCAAGUGCCUGCUGGAGAACAAUCACAUAGACCGGCGGAUCAUUCGCUUCGUGUUGCCCGUGGGAGCCACUAUCAACAUGGAUGGCACUGCGCUGUAUGAGGCUGUGGCUGCCAUUUUUAUCGCACAGGUCAACAACUACGAGCUUGACUUUGGCCAAAUCAUCACUAUCAGUAUUACAGCGACAGCAGCGAGCAUCGGUGCAGCUGGGAUCCCACAGGCCGGCCUGGUCACCAUGGUAAUAGUGUUGACAUCCGUCGGACUGCCCACUGACGACAUCACUCUCAUUAUCGCUGUUGAUUGGGCCCUUGUGAUGUUAGGUGCUAUGGUCAAUGUGAUGGUGGCCCAUAUCUGCAGAAAGGACUUCAUUAAAGAGGGAGAUGGGGUCCCUCUCAUCUGCGAAACAAAGCCCAUGACUAACCAGGGUUUGCCGAACUGUCAGCAGAACAAUGGUAGUUUCCAGUCCCCGCCACCAGGGGGCAAACCUGAGCACAUCCCUCCAGAUGUGGCCCGUCUCAUGCAGCUGGAGGAAGGGGUCCGUCCACCGCCUCCCGAUCGGAAAAAGCCGCCCGUACCACCGCGACACCUGAAACACAGAGACAAGGACCAUUGUGCCAUCGACAUGAACGGUCUGGAGACUAACGUAUAGCGACCACUGAAAUCGCAGACUGAAAUCGAUCAAACAAAACAUGGGAACGGAUGAUGGGACAUGAAUUAUUUCCUUUCCGUUUUUCUCUAACAGGCAACACAUGGUCUGACCCUGCACAUAUGGGCCACUGCCCCAGUAAAGCCAUUCUUGGCAGCACAUCCCGGUUGACCUAUUCAGUGCGUUAGAUAAUGCCGGGAUGGGAUGAGAAACCAGGUCAAGGUCCACAACACCAAGCCAGCCUGUUUCUUUGGGUCGUAGCGCGAUGCAUUCAAGGCCAUGAGAGCGAAGCAUAUCCUGUAACGUAAUGCAAGACUGUCAAAAAGCAUGAGUGAACUGUAAAUACAACAUAGCUAUGUA